AUGGAACAGGAGUCGCAGAAUUCCAGCUAUACCAAGAUGCUCUUGGGCAUCGGAUCAUGGGAUAUUCAUAUUGGACGUCGGAUCCACCUGGUCUUCUGGCUCCAGGUUCUGAUGCAGUACGACAUGGGGAUUGCGGCGGUUUCCGACUGGCUGUCGGCCGUGUGCAUGACCUGCGGGGUUCUGAGAACGGGCAUCGCUGCCUUGACCUUGGACCGAGUGGGUCGCCGUCGGACCCUCUACUGGGGAGCGGUCGUUUUAAGUAUUAUUCUCUUUACCCUUGGUGGUCUGAACCGUGGAGCCGUCAACAACCCCGACAAGACUGAGCAGUACGGAACCGGAGCCGCCGCCAUGGUCUUCCUCUACUUCGUUGUCUCCAGCUCCUCCUGGUUGAUGGCCCCUUUCAUUUAUCCUACCGAGAUCUUCCCAACUUGGCUGCGCGCCAAGGGUAACGCCUUUGGCGUUGCAGGUUGGGCCGUCGGCUACGGCGCCGGGUCACUGCUGGUCCCGGUCAUGUUUGCCGGCAUCCACGAGAAGACGGCCGGCCGCACACUCGAGCAGAUCGACUUCCUGUUCGCCAGCAAGAGCCCCUUCGUUUGGGAUGAGGAGAAGGAGUUUGCCAAGCGCAUGGCUCAGUUCAAUGCCGAAAUCAAAAAGAUGGAGAUUGAGAUCGGGGGAUAUGGGGGCGGCGAGAAGACACGUGAGAAGUUGUCGAGAAGGUCUGAUCUAGGGCUGCCAUUCAUGAAGCAUAAAAUUUGCGAUUGCAUUUACUUUAUGGAGCAUCCCGAUAUUCCCGCUGCGUAG